AUGAUUAUAGAAGAGCGUUGUACUGAAAUUGAGAAAGCAAAUAGAAUACUGCUAGAGAGAAUGGCUUCGAUAAUGAGUGCUCAUCCACCCUAAAAUCAAAGUGUUAUAUCGAAUUAGUAUCUAUCAGUUAAAAGGGUAAAUAAUCCCAUCUCUUAAGGCUUAGUUCAUGAUCUAACUACUCCAGUUAAUGCCAAUAGAUCAAAAUCACUAAACCGAACUGUGAGGAGAAGAGAAACUGAUCGCAUCUCAAAUGAAAACAGCAGUAUUUUGAGAAGGCUUUAGGACUAGAAAUCUUAUUACAACACUUAGGAAUGGAAGCAAGAUAGAAAGAAAAAGAUAAAGAUUAUUAAGCAAAUUUGCUAUUAUCCUCCUACUAUGAUAAAAAAGAUCAGACAUAGAAGCAAGCGAAGAAAUAUCUACACUGAAGAUCCCAAUUAAACAAUCUAUAACAUGUAUUAGGAUCAGAUGAAUAAUUCUGGUAAUCCUCUGGGUGAUGAGAAUUAAGAUUCUCCCUAUAAAGAUUAGGAAGAGAAUCAAGAGGGGAUAACUAAUAUUUAAAUAGACGAAACGAAAGGAGCUGAUAAUUAGAUAAAGUAGAAAUAUGGAAUUGAAAAUUACCAGACAAAUUAGCUAAUGAUUGCUCAUUAAGAUAUAAAAAGAGAUAUAUUUUCACAGUAGGUUGAGAGAUCAAGUAAAUUAAAAGACUUAAAUUAGACUGCACCAGAUACAAUAGGAAACGAAACAUCAUUUGAUUAGUAGCAAUUACUCUUGAAAUCAAACACUUUGAAUUAAUAAAUUCCUAAUAACCCCUCAUAAGGUCAAACCUUUUAAACUCAGUAGAAUUCUCAACAAAUAAACAACUUUAUAGUAGGCUCGAACAAUUAAAUGGGUUUUAAAAAUCCAAAUUUAAUUGCUAAUAAAAGGCCUCCUCCAAUGGCACUUGGCUACAAUGAUUAUGCAAUAGAUUAAACUAGACAAGUAUUAUACAGAAAUUUCCAUUAGAUUGAUCACUAAAUCUUUUUAGUGGAGAUAUCAAGAGACCCUAAGAAAGUUUUCUUUAUUAUCUUUCCCAACUAUGAGAAGCCUGAAAUUAAUCAGAUAGUAGUGAUGGCUGAAAAGUAGGCCAUAAGACUAAUGAACGAGAAUAACAACUUGUUUGAGGAGUUUGUUAAGAGAUUUUACCUGCAUUUCGGGAAGUUUCAGAUUUCAGGCUAUCACAACAAAAACUCUCUGAAUUCCUCUAGAAUGAGGCUAGGAAGUGUAAGAAGAGAAAUUUAAAGUGUGAGUCCUAACGGUUAAAGAAGAACUCAGAGAGACUUCCAAAUAGGCAAAGUGCAACGAAAGGUUUUCUAAUUAGGAGCUUAGUUCUAAAAUAAUGCAAAUGAAGGAAAAGAUUAGCUAGAUGAGUAAACAAUAGAGUAAAAGAUGAAAUAGAGCUCUAUCCUUAAUAUAGAUUAAAUAGAGAAGGUUGAGGAGAGUAAAGCUAGAAAUAACCACGAUAUAUCUCAAUUCAAAGCAAUUAGCAAGGAGUCGCUAUAGCUGCAAUAAUAGAAAUUUUCAGAUGACUUGAAUUAAAGAGCAGACACGACAAACUAUGAAAAUGAUUUUGAACAAACUCAAGAAGAAAUCCACAACAAAUUUAUUAUGGAAUAGGAUGAAGAUGAUGCAGAUGAAUAGGGAAGCUAGCAAUAAUAAGAUAAUGGAUAGACUAAUUAUGGUAAUGAAGAAAAUGAUGAUGAAAAUGAAGAUAAUUAAUGA